AGAGAGAAAAAAAAAAGAAAAGAAAAGAAGAAAAGGUUUGGCCCUUCGAAAGAUAGGCGUAGAUUACGAGAAGGCUUAUUGAGUGGCUUUACAAUUCCGCCAAACAAAUCUCUUACAACAUCGAUUUUUCUCUCCCAAUUCCUCCAUUGUUAUCAUCGUCACCCUUCUUCUAUACAUUCCUCUCCCUCGCAUUCCCCAAAUCUCCAUUGUUCUUCCACCAUGCAGGCCGCCGUUCACUCCUCCACUCUCAAGCCCUCUCCCUUGGACUCAUUUCGCAGUCGCAAAUGCUCCCCUUUCCUUGUUUCUGCUCCUAAAUCACGCCCACGACUUUCAUUCAUUUCUGCAUCUGCAGCUUCCACUGUCUCUGCACCUAAGCGGGAGAAAGAUCCUAAGAAACGUGUCGUGAUUACUGGAAUGGGACUUGUUUCUGUCUUUGGUAAUGAUGUUGAUACUUACUAUGAUAAGUUGCUUUCUGGUGAGAGUGGUGUUACUCUUAUUGAUCGUUUUGAUGCUUCCAAGUUCCCUACUCGUUUCGGUGGCCAGAUCCGGGGAUUUGCUUCUCAGGGAUACAUUGAUGGUAAGAAUGAUCGUCGGCUUGAUGAUUGUCUUCGUUAUUGUAUUGUUGCUGGAAAGAAAGCUCUUGAGGAUGCUGACCUUGGUGGAGAUAAGCGCUCUAAGAUCGACAAGGAGCGUGCUGGUGUGCUUGUUGGAACAGGAAUGGGUGGUCUUACAGUCUUUUCUGAUGGUGUUCAGGCUUUGAUAGAGAAAGGUCACAGAAAGAUAACCCCUUUUUUCAUUCCUUAUGCCAUUACGAAUAUGGGGUCUGCCUUACUUGCCAUCGAUAUUGGUUUCAUGGGUCCCAAUUAUUCUAUAUCCACUGCUUGUGCCACCUCUAAUUAUUGCUUCUAUGCUGCUGCAAACCAUAUUCGUCGAGGAGAGGCUGAUAUGAUGCUUGCUGGUGGAACUGAAGCUGCUAUCAUACCUAUUGGCCUGGGGGGUUUUGUUGCUUGUAGGGCUCUAUCUCAGAGAAAUGAUGAUCCUAAAACUGCUUCAAGGCCAUGGGACAAAGACCGUGAUGGCUUUGUCAUGGGAGAAGGUGCUGGCAUACUGGUAAUGGAGAGUUUGGAGCAUGCAAUGAAACGAGGUGCACCAAUUAUUGCUGAAUACUUGGGAGGGGCUGUUAACUGUGAUGCUUAUCACAUGACGGAUCCUAGAGCAGAUGGACUUGGUGUCUCUUCAUGCAUCUUGAGCAGUCUUGAAGAUGCAGGUGUAUCGCCUGAGGAGGUCAACUACAUAAAUGCACAUGCAACUUCCACCCUUGCCGGUGACUUAGCUGAAAUCAAUGCCAUCAAGAAGGUGUUCAAGAAUACAUCAGAGAUCAAAAUCAAUGCGACUAAGUCUAUGAUAGGCCACUGCCUUGGCGCUGCUGGAGGUCUGGAAGCCAUUGCCACUGUGAAAGCAAUUGAAACAGGAUGGUUGCAUCCUUCCAUAAAUCAAUUUAACCCGGAGCCUUCAGUUGACUUUGACACCGUUGCAAACGUAAAGCAACAACACGAAGUGAAUGUUGCUAUCUCAAAUUCAUUCGGAUUUGGUGGACACAACUCGGUUGUGGCAUUCUCGGCAUUCAAACCUUGAGCAGGAAAAUGUUACACACUACGACGUUUUGUAGGAGAAUCGAGUGGUUAGCCUUGAGAAUAGUUAGUAAUUUUAUUUAUCAAUGAGGUUGCUUUGCUUGCUGCGGGCGUCUUAUCUGGUCCUUUAAACAUUUUGGUCUUUUAUGCAAUUUCUUCUUCUUCAUCAUCUUCAUCUUCAUCAUCACCAUUCCAUUUGUUGCUGUUUUCUAAUCCAAUAAAUGGGUUUACUUGAACUUGUGUGAUUGUAUUGGGUUAGGUUGAUAUUAGAUUUAAGUUCAAAAUUUUCUAGAAUUCCAUCAAAAUGGUUGUAAUGAAUGAAGGUUUUUCUUUCA